UCAGUUAUCUGUGUUAUGGUGGGGAAUGAUCGGAGCUGGUUUUUAUGCUAUUUGGCAUGCUAGGAAUGCUCUCUGUUUUCAGCAUUCAAUUCUUUUACCGAGUUCAUUAUUUCAUUCUAUUUGGAUGCAACUCCAUGAGAUUAAUUUUUUGAGUACCGGUACUAUGAAGAAUACAGUUACUGAGCUUUGUAUUUUGCAUCAGAUUGGUAUUAGUGGCCGACCUUCUAAAGCACCAAGAAUUGUUGAAGUUAUGUGGCAUGCUCCCUCUAUUCAUCAAAUCAAGAUCAACACAGAUGGUGCAGCUUGUGGCUCUCCUAGUUUGGCAGGUUGUGGGGGCAUUUUCCGAGAUCAUUUGGGUCAGGUUCUUGGUUGUUUUGCGGGUAAUCUUGGUGUCACUACUGCUUUGGAAGCUGAGUUGCGUGCAGUCAUUCAUGCCAUUCAACUGGCCUCACAGAAAGGUUUUGAAUCUAUGGACCAACGUCAAAGGAAGCUUUCCCUGCUAUUCUCUUAAUUUGAAAGUUGCUGCUCUAGUUUUGGCUCAGUUUGUGGAGCUACUUUGCUGCGGGUGGUGUACCUUAUCUUGACUUAUUCUUCUCUUAUUGCCUUCUUCAUAUGAGCUGGUCAAUGGGGUCUAUGGCUACUGUUUGUUCGGCUAUUUAAUUAUGUAUCAUCAGUGCCUUGUCUUGGUGGGACAUGGUGUUGAUAAAGCAACUUGGCUUGCUAUGCACUUCAGUAAUUGAAGUCACCUUUGCAGAAGCACUGGAUUCUGUCAUUGGUUUCUGGUUUGUUGCUUUUUGGCCUCCAAAGGACUGUGUUUUGUUAGUUCUUAUUUUUGGGUGUCCUUAGUAACUCCCAAGUUUUUGUUUCGGGUUGUUCUUUUUUGUUUUUGGGAGGGGUUUUGGUUUAUGUCCCCCUCUCCCCUUUUAUACUUUUUUUCUUUUUUAUUCAAUAAAAUUAAAUAGAGGGACGGG